GCCGCGGCGAGCUGGUGUGCUGGGCGCUGAGGGCCUGCGGCGCGGCGGACGCCAGGCAGAGCUGGAUGGCCGUGUCUGCAGACGCCAAGAAGUCGGGGACCGAGGCGCUGCGGGGCGGGGGUGCCGACGUCACAGACGACGACGUCGCCGAGCUCGUCCUGAAGGUGAGGUCGACGCUGAACGAAGGGCGAGCCCCCCGUUCCAAGCGGGACGAGGCACGGCGCCUGGAGGCGGCGCUGGACCCGGUGGCCGUCCGCCUGGCGUCGGGGAACCCCGAGGUGCCGGGCUCCGAGAUGGCCGAGGCCCUCUGGGGGUUCACAGAGGCCGCCACUUUCGCCACGCAGGCGGAGGGUCGGAUCAGACGAGUGGCGGCCGACGCCGAUGGCUGGGAGACGAUCGCGGAUCGGAUCUGGGCCCGAGCGGUCGGCGCCGACGGGAACACGCUGCCCGUCGACUGGGUGCUGCACCUAGUCAUAGGUCUCUUCCUGUCGAGCCUGGCGGUGGUGCUGGGGGCCGACUCAGUGCGACACCGCUUGGCAGGCGGGGCUGUAGGGCUGUUCGGGACCUUCCUGCUGGUACGGCGUGUGCCCGAGCGGGUGGUCGCCUGGUGGACACGCUGGCGGCGGCGUUCGGCCUUCGCCGCGGCGCGGAGGCGCGGCGGGGACGGCCUGGACCGGACCGCCGCCGAGGACGCGGAGGUACCUGCGGGCCCGCUGCACCCGCGGGGGCUUGGAGCACUGCCGCCUCCGCCGUGGGCCCCACCCGCCGAGGGCGCAGGAGCGGGUACCGCUGCGGCGAAGCCUGGCUCGCAGGACCUGUCGGCGCUGCGGGCGUUCGCCCAGGGGUGCGAGGUGCCGGGCCCCUUCAGCCAGACAGCGGCUAUGCAGCAGCAGCAGCAGCAGCCACAGCCGACACCAGAUGUGGCCGUGCCAGCAUCGGGGCUCAGCUUCCACGUUCCCCACGCUCCUGCAGAUGCGGUGAAGCUAGGACGGGAGGUGGAGAUAGUGGGCGCCACGCUGCGCGAGUUCCAGGCGCAGGCGGCCAUCAACGAGGACUGGGCCUGGCACUUCUGGGAGAGGAUCGCGGCCGUGGAUGGCUCCAGGGGGCUGCACCCUGACCUCCGACGAGUGCUGCAGACUCACGGCUACGUGGGAGCGGGGGCGAAGUCCCCGCCAGGAGGGUCGUUGCAGCAGGAGCUGGACGCGCUGCUCGCCUCCCCCACGGCGCCGCACGGCUGGGGCAUGCACGCCUCCCCUGGGUGGGCCGUGGCCCCGCAGACCCAGCAGCAUCAGGAGGACAGUCGAUGGAACCUGAGCCUCCCGCCGGAGCUGCGGCGCGCGGCGCCGGAGAUCUACCGCACCAUGCGGGGCGCGGGGGCGGCCAGCGCGCGGGACUGGCUGUCGCAGGAGGUGACGGGCCAGCGACACACGGCGGUCUGGACCGACCUCUGGACUGCCGCCACCAACGUGGACUACUUGCUGGGCGGAUGCGAGACCCAGUCCGAGCUGCUCACCCGUCUGGCGUCCGACGAUGCGCUGGAGCUGCACCUGAGGCGGCUGGCGAGCUACGUCUACGAGAUGAGGACGAAGGACAAGGUUGGGGGGGCGGCCAUGUUGGCUGUCCGCCCGCCCGGGUCGGCCGCCGACUUGGCUCCGACAUGGCUGGUGACCGAGGCCGCGACCCACAGCCAGGCGGAGCACCAGCGCGACGAGAGGGUCCAUGCCGCCAGCAAGCACGACGGUCGAGGCAGCGGCCGUGGCGGGGGCCACGGAGGUGGAGCGGGGGGCGGCAGCGAGGUAGCCAGCGGCGGCCGAGGUGCCCCGCCGCCGCGGGUGCAGCCUAGAAUGCCAGUGACGGGUUUGACAGGCUCGCUGACGCGGGCCCUGCAGUGGAAGGAGGCCGAGGCCAGACCAACGGGCCAGCGCGAGACGAGCGACAACGAGAUGAUGCUGGCCUGGCAGCUCGUGCAGCAGUAUGCGUUACAGGACGCAGCGCGGUACGAGCGCGACUGCCGGGGGCUUGCCCCGACAGGCGGUCAAGGGGCGGAUCUUGCCUGCGACAGAGGGCCGCAGGACGCCUACACUGGAGAGCGCAAGGGUGUGAGCAAGCACGUGAUGAUGUGCGCAGCGGCGGUGGCAGAACCUCCGGACGACAUGGUCGUGGACCUGCUGGAGGACGGGGGGCUGGAGGCUGGCAGCCGCGUGGAUGCCGAUCCUGAGGACGCUCAGCAGCACCGCUACGACGACGACUGGCUAGGGCAGCAGUCCAGCUGCCGGGCUGCGCCGCCUAGCCCGAGGGGCUACAGCGUGGCGGAGUGGCUGGAGACAGUGUGGCGGGCGAAGAGGGAUGACGAGCGUGUGAUGGUGGUGAUGCAUCUCUUCGCUGGCCGUCGGCGGCGUGGUGACGUGCAGGAGGUGGUAGAGAGGCUGGCGAAGGAGCGGAGCUUGAGGGUGCUCUUCCUUUCCGCCGAUCUCCUGGACGACCCGCGGUGGGACCUGGCCAACCCCUCCAUUUUCUCCGCCUUGAUGGAGCUGUGCGAGGGCGGCUGGGUGGACAUCGUACUGGGCGGUCCGCCCUGUUCGACCUGGUCGCGGGCACGCUACAAUCGUCGCCGACCCGGGCCGCCGCCGGUGCGCUCGCGGCGGUGCCCCUGGGGGCUGUCAGGCCUCAGGGACUGGGAGGCCGCUAGGGUCGCGGAGAGUAACACCUUGACGCUUAACUCGUUGGCGCUCUGCGAGGCGUGCGGCCAGAGUGGCGGCGCCUUCCUCAUCGAGCACCCGGAGGACCCAGGGCAUGCGCCCUACCCAUCCAUCUGGAACACGACUGAGAUGCUGGAUUUCGAGACGAGGCGCUCGUCGCGGAGAGCGUGCUUGGACCAAUGCAUGCUGGGCGGACGGACGAAGAAGCCCACGUGCCUGAGCGGCACGUUGCAGGGGCUGGAGGACCUGAACGAGCUGCGGUGUGACGGGUCCCAUGCCCACGAGACGGCCGAGGGCAAGCUGGCCGACGGCACCUUCCGCACGAGCCCGCUGGCCCAGUACCCCGAGGGGAUGUGCGAAACGCUGGGCACCUUGAUUGUUCAGACCCUGGCCAUCUUCGAGCAGACCGGCUUGGGCGGCACCGGGUGGCGAAGGCCGCCGGAGGCCGACAGGUCGGUCACCGCCUGGAGCUCGCGGAGCACUACGACGCCAGCGGUAGCCGUGCGGAACGAGGAUGUGCUUCGCGGUCGUGGGCUGGUGCUGGACGGGCCGCAGAUGGCCUUCUACCUGCACGUCGACGACGGGGUGGCGAUGGCCGGUGGCAUCGGCUGUGGCCCACGGGCCUCUGGGAAGAUGCACCAGCUGGCGGAUGCCCUGGCCGAGGCCGGCUUCGUGGUCACCGACCGCACGGAGGCCAGCGACAUGCAGAAGGUGCUGGGCUACGCACCACAGGCGCGUCCGGCGCAGCUACGCUUGCCCCCGAAGAGGGCGCGAGAGCUGGUGCAGCAGCUGGAGGCGAUGGGCGCCACCCGCUCCCUCCACACCGAGGAGCUUCGAUCGCUCUUGGGGGUGUGGAUCUGGGGCGCACUACUUCGGAGGGAGCUGCUCUGCAUACCCAGUGCCGUCUUCAGGCUCCUGGAGAGGCACCCGCACCAGAGGGUGUGCACCUGGGCGACCGUCCGCAGGGAGCUGCGGGCUAUGGCUCGAGUAGUCCCGCCGAUGUACGCCGACCUGGGAGCCCCGCCAGCCCCCGUGUAUUUCGCGGCGGACGCCAUGGGCGCCAACGUGGAGGACGACGGCGGUUGGGGCAUCCUGGCGACAGACAUGAGCGAGGACAUCGCGAAGGACUUCAUCGACACGGGCGGCAACUUGGGCUACACCGUGGCGCGACUGGACGGCGAGCUUACUGGAUUGCGGCGUCCCGAGCAGGUCAUCCGUCGGACGAAGCCCUUCAGCCUCCUCCCCGAUCGAGUGUUCAAGCCCGACGAGGACUGGACGAUCGUAGGAGCGGGGAGGUGGCGGGCGGCCGACCACAUCACGCUGGGCGAGGGGCGCUGCGUCGUGAAGAUCAGCAGACUGGCGGCCGCCACCCCUGCCCUACACCGCACCGUGCUGCCGAUCCUGGAGGACAACCAGCCAGUUUCGGGUGCGGUAUGCAAGGGGAGGUCCCCGGCGCACAUGUUGAACCACCUGUUGCGUCAGAAGACCGCAGCAGGGAUGGCAUCUCGUACGAAGAUUCUGAUUCCGUGGGUGGAGACGCUCAGGCAGCCUGCUGAUAAGAUAUCGAGGAAGCUGGACAGCACUUCUGUUGAGAAGGUAAAGCCGCACACCUUGGCAGCCUACAGGGCGGCGGCUAUGAAGUUCCCAAAUUGGGUUAUCAACUUGGGAGCCACGUCGGGGACAAAGGCCAAAAGGAUGCAGUUCGCCAUUAUUCUGGAGCAGGGCGGAGUACUGGAGAACCUCUUGCACCGAGUAGUCUUGGGAACGCCGCCCGAGGGGCUCCUCUUUCCCUACUCGCUUGUCGACUACAGGCAUCGGCUCAAGCAGUUUGAAGCAGCCUUGGGCCUCGACAUUCACUGGGCGCCACACUCGGCGCGCGCAGGUUUCGCCAGCGAUUCCGUGGCUCGUGGUGUCCCCUUCCAGGACAUCAAGGAGGCAGGACGGUGGCUCACCGAGUCCAGCCUCCGCAUCUACGUGGACGUCGUCACCGCCUCCCGGGUCCUGGCGCAGGCUGAGCAGCGAGGAAUCGCACCGCUCAUCCGCGAGGCGGCCGAGAAGCUGCCCCACUACUUCCCGGAGGGCAUCUUCGGCGAGGGGGAGGGCCUCCAGCAUGCCGCCAGCGGGUUGGCGCAAGGGCCAGGACGGCGCCUGGCGCUGGGCGCACUGGUGGAUGGGCUGCUGGCGGGUCCGCAGCAGCCGGGGGAUGCAGCGGCGGGCGCGGGCGCGGCCGAGGCCGAGCCGCCAGCGCCGGCGGCCCCAGGCGUGGCGGCACUGAGGCCCCCGCAGCCGCUGGUGGCGCAGCCGCUGGCAGCGGGCGCGGCCGCGGGGCAAAGGCGCGCGCGCUGGAGCAGCUGGUCGCUGCUGCGCGCGGCCCGGCUCAUCGCAAGGUGGUGCGGACGCUCGACUACUCGAGGAGUGACGUGGGCGACGGUCGCCGCGAUGCUGAUCGGGUGGAGCUACGUGGCCGGGCCGCUCGCCCACCUCGGGACCAUGAUGGGCGUCGUGGCCAGCGUAUCCGUCUCGGCUGGCAAAGUGGUCGACAGCAGCCUCGGGGCAGUCAUCACGGCAGCACAGGGCGUGUCCGACUUCGCCGUGACGUCGUCCCGCAGCUCGGCGAGCCUCCUGCAGGAAGCCUGGCGCGGGGUCGACAUUACCAACCUGCACGUCCGCCAGCGCCACGCCGAGCGGCUAGCGGACGACCCCGAGAUCCUGCAAGCCUGGAUCGAGCGCGAGUUCCUGACAGGCGAGCCUCGCCCGCCAGGAGCCGAGCAGGUCACCGCCGCGAUCUCUGAAGCUUCGGUGACCAUACCUCACAUGUCAGAGAGAUGGCAGAUGAUGAUCUGGCCAAGUCAAUGCCGCGAGCUGCACAUGACACUUGACCUGCUGCCGUCCGGGUUCUACGGAGUCCACAUGGUCGAGCGGAUCGUAAACUUCAAGGUUCAGUGGAGCAACCCAGUCUGGAGCAGCCUCGACUGCGACAUCAGCUCAGAGAGAUAUACAGUCGUGGCUCACAUCAACUCCACCCUGGCAGGGCUCCCACUCCCCGAGAUCCGCUACAUGUCCAUGACUGAUCGUGAAAUUCAAGUUACCAGGCUCCCAGGUGCCUGGAUCAACCUUCCCUAA